AUGGUGCUCCAAGGAGAGGCUGUGCAAGCCCUCACCAAGGAGGCAAACAGACAAGGAGGCAGCAGGAGUAGUGCCAGAUGUGUUCUGUUCGUGCUCAACGAGCGGUUCAACAUGUACAUUCAUCUCCAGCACAACUCGAGGUGUGCCGAUUCCGCAAUCUGGGGCUCCACAGGAAGCUCCACAUUCAGGCUUUGA